AUGGAACUCGCCGCCAAAGCCUGCCCUUUCCUCCGCAACUCAACCCCAUCGGCUCUUCGCUCGCUCUCCCAGAAGCCAAAGACCGCCAUGGCGUCCAACGGACUUGUCCAUAUGGCCCAGCAGUGCCCCGUCAUGGGCAAGGCCAUGACCAUCCAGGCCAGAUCCGCCAUGAUGACCGGCUGCCCCGUCUCAUCCGGAGCCCGCCAUUUUAGCGCCUCUGCUGCCAAGGCCAAGCCUGCCAAGAGCCAAGUCCUCGGGUAUGCCUCUACCGCUACCUCCAACGACCUCAAGGCCUCUGUCCAGCACGAGCUCCACAAGGCCAACCCUGCUCCUGGCGCUGCUUGCCCCUUCAAGCCAGUCAUCCCUGCCUCCCAUGCUGUUCCCACCGCUGGAAAGCCCUUCGACUACGAGCAGGUCUACGAGGCCGAGUUGCACAAGAAACACCAGGACAAGUCCUACCGCUUCUUCAACAACAUCAACCGCCUCGCUCAGCAAUUCCCUCGCGCCCACACCGCAAAGGCCGAGGACGAGGUCACCGUCUGGUGCUCAAACGACUACCUCGGCAUGUCCAAGAACCCCGUCGUCAUCGAAACCAUGAAGGAAACCCUUAGCAAGUACGGCGCCGGUGCCGGAGGUACCCGUAACAUCGCUGGUAACGGUGCCAUGCAUCUCGCCCUCGAGGACGAACUCGCUGCCCUUCACCACAAGCCCGCCGCCCUUGUCUUCUCCUCCUGCUAUGUUGCCAACGAUGCCACCCUCAGCACCCUUGCCCAAAAGUUGCCCAACUGUGUCAUCCUCUCCGACGCCAUGAACCACGCCUCCAUGAUCCAGGGCAUCAAGCACUCUGGCGCCAAAAAGAUGAUCUUCCGCCACAACGACACCGCUCAUCUCGAGGAGCUCCUCAAGACCCUCGAUCCCUCCAUCCCUAAAAUCAUUGCUUUUGAGACCGUCUACUCCAUGUCCGGCACCAUCGGUAAAGUCAACGACAUUUGCCGCCUUGCCAAAAAGUAUGGCGCCAUCACCUUCCUCGACGAGGUCCAUGCCGUCGGCAUGUACGGUCCUCACGGUGCCGGUGUCGCCGAGCACCUGGACUUUGCCGGCAACUUGAACCGACCUCAAAACAGCCCUGUCCAGACUGUCAUGGAUCAGGUCGAUAUCAUCUCCGGAACCCUUGGAAAGGCCUUUGGUGUUGUUGGUGGCUACAUUGCUGGUUCGGCCGCCAUGGUCGACAUGAUUCGUUCCUACGCCCCGGGAUUCAUCUUUACCACCUCCUUGCCCCCAGCCAUCGUCGCCGGUGCGACUGCGUCGAUCCAGUACCUCCGCAACUCGCCCCACGAGCGCAUUGCUCAACAAACCAAUACCCGCACUCUCAAGGCUGAGCUCGCUGCCCUCGAUAUCCCCGUCGUCCCCAACCCUUCCCACAUUGUUCCCGUUUUGGUAGGUGAUGCCGAGGUCUGCAAGGCCGCCUCGGAUGAGCUCCUCCGCUCCCAUGGUAUCUAUGUCCAGAGUAUCAACUACCCCACCGUUCCCCGUGGUGAGGAGCGUCUUCGUAUCACCCCCACCCCUGGCCACACCGAUGAGAUGAUGGGACACCUGAUCCGUUCUCUCGAGAGCGUCUGGCAGCGCAACGGACUGAAGCGCACUUCUCAGUGGAAGGCCACCGGCGGUCGCGCCGGUGUCGUCGAGGGCGCUGUCGAUCCCGCUCCCAUCUGGACCGAGGCCCAGUUGGGUCUUUCGGCAUCUGUCCUUGGCCAUCACAAGGUCGCCACCGACGCAGCUCCUCAGAACACUCAGACCAGUCAGGCUGCUGCCCAGCUUUAA